AUGUUUGUCAUCAUAUACUUCGCUGCCAUUGGGGUUCUGUCUACAGACGGAUGCUACAUUGCAGAACCCACAGGUCGUGCAGCAGAAUUCUCAAUAAGAGUCGCAAGAAAUAAAGUUGUGGAGGCUGGACUUUGUGCCGUUAUUCCGUGUGCAUUCACUUAUCCACACAGUUUGGUCCAAGAUCCCUACAAAAGAGUGUGGUUCAAAGGGGAUCCACUCAACCCAACUGUUGAAAUACCCUACUCUGAACCAGGAGAAAUUGCUUUACAACCAAAUGAAAGAUCCUGUAGCAUUGUCAUCAAUGACCUGGUUGAGGGAGAAAAUGAUGGAGAGUAUGGCUUCAAACUUGAGUGGGGAGCUCACCAGACCUAUAUUUUCCCAGAAAGAGUGAGAGUCAGCGUCACUGCUCUUUCCAAGAAGCCUUCACUGCAUAUUCCACGUCUCAUGGUGGGACAGCCCGUUACCCUGAGUUGUGAGGCCCCUGGCAGGUGCUCUGGAGCAACACCAGACAUAACAUGGGAAUUGAAUGGUCUCCCACAGAGAGCAACACCAGGAAAUAUCAUGACAAGCACUGGAGAAGUUACUUACUUCUCUGAGAUGCUAUUCAUCCCCAAAGCUAAACAUCAUAAUACCAGUGUCACCUGCAGAGUGCUCUUUAAGGGAAAUGUCACAACAGAGAUAACAAGGACUUUGACAGUGAAUUAUCGUCCCAGGAUUUUGAGCAGCUCUGGCUGUGCUGUCCAGCAAGGGAUCACAACCUGUAUUUGUAUCAGCGAAGGUGUGCCCUUACCUGUUAUUGACUGGAACAUGCCAGAGGCCAAAACUGGAAAAAACAGUGUGAUGAUGGCAGAAAGCAGCCACACAAUGAUAAAAAGCACCAUCAUUCUGCCUUCCUCAAACACACCUAUUACCAAAGCUGUAUGUGUCAGUAAAAAUGCAGUUGGAGUGAGAAUGAUGACAAUGGAAACCGAUAAACAAUAGCUACUGACCAGUAUAGCAAGAGAGGUCAUUUUUGUCUUCUUGUUCGAUAUCUCUCAGUAAAAUGUAGAAAUGCACUGAAUCGGUUUAAUUAAAAAAGUUCUGAUA